GGCAGUAAGAUAAUUUGUCGUACGAAAAAGUUUUGUGUCGUUAAUUAAACAUAUAAAAAAAUAUUUCUAAAGAAAAAAUUAUAAAGAUUUUAAUAUCUCAACUCUAUGAUUGAGAAACCCUUAGAUAAUUUUGUAGCACCGUUAGAAAAACCACAAGAUGAAAAUUCCCAUGAUGUGAUCCGAGUCUAUGCAGAUGGAGUCUACGAUCUUUUACAUGUUGGGCAUAUGCGCCAACUCGAGCAGGCUAAAAAACUAUUUAAAAAUUGUCAUUUAGUAGUAGGAGUAUCUCCAGAUGAAGAUGUUCAUCGUUAUAAAGGGCAAACAGUUCAAACAAUGUCGGAACGCGUUGAAACGUUACGACAUAUUCGAUGGGUAGACGAAAUUAUAGCUCCGUGUCCUUGGUCGAUUACUCCUGAGUUUAUGGAGUAUCAUAAAUUGAGUUACGUUGUUCAUGAUGAUAUUCCGUAUACGAUGGGUGUUAAAGGAAUGGAAAUCGGUCCAGCUCAAGAUUUAUAUUACUGGAUUAAAAAAGCAGGAAAAUUCCGUGCUACCCAAAGAACACCUGGUGUCAGUACGACUGAUUUAAUUGUUCGUAUUUUACAAAAUUAUGAAGACUAUGUUGACAGGUCUUUACGACGCGGUGUCACUCACAAGCAGCUCAAUAUAGGAUUUGUUAAAGCUAAUAAAAUACAGAUGAAAAAAACAGUCCAACGAUGGGGUAAAAAAGCUCAUGAAGAGGUUACCAGAUUAACACUUACAAAACGCCCCUUGGGAAGUAAAUUUGAUGAAAAUGUUGAUUUAUUGCGUAACUCUAUGCAUGAUCAAUACAAUUUUUGGAGACAUACAUAUAAAAGUUUUGUUAAACGUUUUGCCCUGUCGUUUGACCCAAUGAUGCAAUUUUUAAUGCAUAGAAAAAAUGUACCUCUUUUGGCUCUACAUACGAAACCUUUACGAAGCCGAGGAAAUGCAGACUUAGUUGCAGUUCCUGAUAGUAGUUUAGCAACAGGAAAUAGUAAAACACGUUUAGUUCAAUAUGAAAGUCAUAAUUUGCAAACUGGAGAAACAAAAAAGCAUCAGUAUAGACACGUAGUGGAUGAAGAAGAAAGAGAGGAAAUAUCCGACGACGCAAAAUUUAAUGAUACGUCCGACGGACCAUCCACUAUGCAGGAUCUUUCCAGUGCAGAUGACUCAGAAUUGUAUUUUGACGUGGAACCUUUGACCAAUAAUGCCGCUGGCCUUCAAUGUACAUAA